CGCCUUCCAUCGCGAUAUUUAUAACUUAUCACAUGUGUAAUUAAGUCUGGAUAAAAGAGACACUUUCCGUGAUAUUGUUAGGUUGUAACAAGCAAGUAUGAUAUUUUUUUCAGCCUUUGCCAAAUUUCUAUUCUAAAUAAUCAUAAAUUUGACACAAAAACUUGAUUACGAAACACCGUUGAAUAUUGGUUACGAAAUCAAUUUACGGCGGGAAACCAGCUUGGAAAAGACAACAGUAAACAGGGCUAAAGGUUUAUCCAAAGGAAGGGAAAUGUCUACUACACGCAGUACCCGUGCCAAACGAACACUAAAUCGGACAGAUGGAGAUGGAAAUACGAGUUUGAAGAGGAAAAGGAGUGGUAAAGGUGAUGCGAUUAAGGAGGAGAAGAUACCGCUACAAGAGGUUGAAUCAAACCAACAAACCACAUGUACAGUAAUAAAGAAAGAACCCACCAUAUUGACUGACCAGCAACAAGUAGUAAAAGCACAGACAGAGCCGACAUCACAGUCAAGUGAUGAAGAGGACUUGCAUGAUGAGGAUGGAAUUAGCACAUAUGAGAAAAGAAGACUUAAGAACAUCAAAGACAAUGCUGACUUUUUCUCCAGCCUGGGAAUAUCCGAGAUGAAAAAUGAGUUAAAGCCAUCCACAGCAAAACUAAAAGCAUCUAGCAGGGGUCUGAAAAAGGAGAAGGCACCAAGGGUACCACUACCAAGGAGGAUCAGUCUACGCCUACUGAGGGUUGACCCUAGCGGCAAUUCGCUGCCACCCGUGCCGUUAUUGCCGGAACCUCUCGAAGAACAUCCCAGAAAACCAAGUGGUCCUCUUGAGAUGAGGAAAAGCUUAUUAAAGGAAGGAAGUUUGGAGGAUCACAAUGAUCUGAUGGCGAAAUUAAAAGGACUGGUGCAAAAGGGGACAAAUUCAAAGGAAGACAGCUCAAAGAAAACUACAGCCAGUACCAGGACGACAGAACAGUUCAUGAAAGGCUUCAGUAAGAUGCGGCUGGUAGCAGAAAGAGUUGCCAAGGUGGUGCCCAACCGAGUGUUUUCUUUGGACAUCCACCCCUCAGAGGAUAGGGUACUGGUUGUGGCUGGGGACAAGUGGGGUGCUGUCGGACUUUGGGACGUGGAGCCUGGCCGUGAACACUUGACUGAUGGGGUGUUAACCUACACGCCUCACUCCCGCCCUGUCAACUGUCUGCGUUUCUCACCAUGGAAUUCUUCUCAUCUUUACUCAAAUAGUUACGAUGGGACGUUGCGAGUUGGAGACCUUCAAAAGGAAAUAUUUGAUGAGGUAUACGCCACAUCAGAAGAUGAUUACAACUUGCUGAAGAACUUUGACUUCUUGUCAGCAUCGUCACUUUUGGUAUCACAGCAGGAUGGAACUGUGGCAUUAGUGGACAGACGCACGAAAGGAGUUGAAGCAGAACAUGAAUACAAUCUACACUUCAAGUCCCUGCGUACCGUCAGUGUACACCCAGUACACACCCAUAUAUUUGCCACCGCCUCCAAUGAUGGGACGGUAAGUUUGUGGGACCACAGGAAGUUGAAGGUUGGCGGUAAGAAGAAUGAUCCGAUUUCCUGCGUGCAGCACGCUAAAGGUGUGUCCAGCGCCUAUUUCUCCCCGCUCACCGGCAAAUACAUCCUUGCCACCUCCAUGGACAACAAAAUCAGUGUGUUUGAUAGCUCAGCCCCAGAAAAGUCAUUGACAACCUUCAAGUCAUUCAAGCAUGACAACCAUGUUGGUCGCUGGCUUACCGGCUUCCGGGCCUCCUGGCAUCCACGUCGUGAGGACUUGUUUGUAGUCGGCAGUAUGAAGAGACCUCGACAGAUUGAGGUGUACAGUAACACGUGUGAAGACCUCGCGACAUUCUACGACCCAGACAACUUAGGAUCGGUGUGUUCCCUUAACGCUAUCCACCCCACGAGGAACAUCCUCGUGGGAGCCAACUCAAGUGGCAGGCUGCAUGUGUUCAUGUAAACAGGACAGGAGGAAAACUCGGAAAACAGAACAGACCAUUCGUUUUUCUUGAGUCCGUGUGGAGUGGAUACUUCAUCUUCGCCAAAGUUUCAAUUCUUGCCAGGGUUUUUCUUAAAAUCGGAUUAAAUUUUAAUGUAACAACAAAAAGCUACAACAGUGCAAUAAGUUUCAUGUUAUGUAAUGUCAUGUAAUAUUUGUGUCCACUGUGUAGACCAACCAAAUUUUCCAAAAUUGCUGUUGCCAUAGCCGA